GCGGUCACGGUCGACCAUCCGCUUAGAUUGGAAUUAGCGCACUAUUGGCGCCUACCCAAACAUGAAUCACAACCACAACGGUGCUCAACCAGAAGCCUACUCAAAUGUCGAGCCCUAUUACAGCGAAUUUAAUCGAAUGCUAAGGAUUCCCUCUUCGCCACCAUCCACGAAAGAGAAGAUGAAAUGGGCCGAAUCUCACCUAGAAUCUCUGACUUUGGCCAAAGGACGGGACAGCUCACCACAUAUCCCAAUCCCACGCCAUCCCCCAGCUACACUACACGCUCAGGACGACAUCAAGAUGCAGCUUGACCGAGAGAUUCUUCACGGUGAAUACGUCAAUCCCAAUCUGUCCGUUCCCACGGCGGUCGGAAAUGGGUGGGGUUCCCGUGAAGGGCAGCAGACGAGUGGGAUGGAAAUUGACUCGAUGGAUGUCGAUGUUGUAGAUGGGGGUGACAGUUUUGGGAGGAAGAGAAAAGCCGACGGUGAAGUUGACGAAGCACCGCCGUGUAAAAGAAAGUAGCCCACAUAUUCUAGGGCGAGUCGGCGAGAACCGUCAGACGUCUUGCAUACACGGUUUCAUUCUAUCACUAUCAGCCAGAGGCAUCACUUGCGUCGAAAUCAAUUUUCAAAAUCUCGAAUUGUUCACGG